AUGUAUUUCAGUAUCAAUAGCAUUGGGACCGCAACGGCUGCCCACAGAGACAUUUCAUCAUAUCCACUCGAGGGUUUGAUGAGUUCUCCUGGAAGUCAGACCGUGGAAUUUGAGAAGACUUUACAACUCGCCGGAAAGAAAAUUUUCUCCACCCUCGACCUCAACCUCACCACAUACGAGCCACACCUCGUAGCAACAACUACCGGUCAGCGAGCAAAACGUGGAGAAAACCGCCAUCAACACACCAUUUGGCCUUUUCGAGUUCCCGCGCACGUGUCCCGGUCUAAAGAACGCCGGACAGACUUUCCAACGCUUAUUCCCGAAGCACUGCGCGAACUGGACUUCGUAUUCCCCUUCGUUGACGACCUACUCAUAGCAUCGACCGAGGAAGAGCACCGAAAACAUCUACGCACUCGAAUAAUACGGCAUCACUAUCGACCUGUCAAAAUGUUUUCGUUUUACCAAUUUUCCAAAACCAAAACCGUGGAAGAACUGCGACGUGAAAAUAUCAAACAAUCCGUCUACAUACCUGCACAACGUCAAGAAGCGGAUCGACUGGAACGCUGA